CAAGUGUGCUUGUUCCCCCCUUCUUCCUGACCAUGGCAAGUCUUUCCGAUGAAAAGAAAAAAGAAGGCGUUAAGAAACCCUCCUGGCCCCGCCCUAGACACUCUAAGAUCCUCUUUCAAACUUGCUCCCAUUUCGAGUCAAGAGAUAGAUAAAUAGACACAUCCCAUUGCACUAAUCGGGGGCAUUCGUAGUGACUGAGGGGGUCGAAGACCAAGAAGUGAGUUAUUUAUACCAAGCAUUCUUCUUACGGCUAGAUCCAAUCUCCUGGUCCAAAAGAAAAAGAAUUGAACGCUCUUCCUGCCCUUGACGCAGCGCUAUGGCUUUGUUGGUAGUCAAGUGAUCAAUUAAGGUAGACAAAAAAUACGCUGCUAUUUUAGAAAAUAAAACUGGUAUUCUUUCCAUGUCCAUCUAGGAGGGGAAAUCCGAUUCAUUCCGCCAUAGGUGAGGAGAACAAAGAUCUCUGUAAGGUCAUCACUGCCUUUCGGAGAACUCGAAUCCUCGACUAAAAAGCAAAUUCUUACUCUUCCCGAAGGGUAUUCCACAAGGCUGUCCUGUCUCACCUGUGCUCAUGAAUAUCUGGAGUCACUUUCUAUUCGAAUCCAUUCUUUUAUAGAGAGGGAAAAGAGCGUACGGUAUGUGCCGCGCUCUUCCGUGCCCGUAGGUUUACUCUCCUAUACAUCCGGUCUCUCAUAAACGUGCACUUCCCUUAUGCAUCCAGCCGCUUCACUAAUGUUCAUAGGUUAUACGGAAGGGUGGGUUGGUUAUAUACUCUUAUGCGCCUUCCUUCUUCGAACCUUUUGGUAUGUAUUGCCCCUAACUAUAGAUCAGAUCCACUAGACAAGAAAGUAAAUUCCGCACUGCUGCUGAGUCGUCGGACUUAUCCACCAAGGGAUUCGUGGAAUUUCUCAAGAAAUAAAAUAAAAUGUUUUUUAACUAUCAAACUUUUUGGGUAUAUAGGUACUAAGAGUCCUCUCACUACCAACCAGCAGACAUCAUCUGGCUGGGUCUUGCCGGCUCCGGGGAGAUCGGAGCAAGAGGGAAGGCCUAGACGACGUUGUUAUUCCUGGGCUGCAGUAAGUAGAUCGAGAGGUCGUUCCGCCCCUUGUCCCCGGGUAAUAUGUUCUCAUACAAUGUUGCUCCAAUCUGACCUAGCUGGCGAGCGAUCCCAGUUCGCGACAGAGAACAAGACAGCAAGCGAGCGUACCUUUGUUCGCUUCUUCUCCACCAAGCACGGAAGUUUAAGGAUAACUGUAGGUCGGUGGCUACCUAAGGAAACUCCGAUUCGAUCCGCCCCCCGGCUGCUGGGAGGCAUCUACCUCAUCCCGAUCACAAGGAGAGGUUCACCAUGA